UGUAGGUGGCGUUAUUUUGGCUAGUUGAUUGAAUAGUUAAGUUGGCAAGUGACGAAAGUCGGCCAUAUGCCAGGUUGCGUAUGAAGGCGUUAUGUUAGAGUAGUGGCAGUCGUAGUAAAAUGACCAUAACUAUGGCAGAUGAUGUAGUUUUCGAUUUGCUUCAUCUGGAAAUAACGUCUACUAUAUUCAGAACUACUGAGAAGGACGAAAAAGAAACAGCAGUAACUAAAUUAGAAAAUAUUGGAUUUUGCACAGGAUAUCGCCUUGUUGAAAGGUUAACAAAGGACUGGCCAAGAUUUAAGGAUGAAUUAGAUACAAUGAAAUUUAUGUGUAAAGAAUUUUGGUCUUCUGUUUACAAAAAACAAGUGGAUAAUCUUAGAACGAAUCAUCAAGGAGUAUAUGUUUUACAAGAUAAUAGAUUUAGAUUCUUGACUCAAUUAUCCAAUUCAAAACAAUAUUUGGAUGUUAUACCAAAAGUCAAUCAACUGACCGAAAGCGUUAGAAGAUUUGAUAAAAAGACUGCAUAUUAA